AUGACACUGGGAGCCAAAAGGCCUCGUCUCAAUCUGAGGCAGGGCCUCGAUCGCGAUGUAUACAUGGUCAUGAAGAAGCUCGAAGAUGCGAAUGACGGCAAACCCUUCAAGACCACAACAGCCGUCUAUGACGCUAUCAAGAGGUCUAAUUCCAGCCUCAGCCGACAAAAGAAGCGCCCUCUGGAAGACUCGAUCGACCGCGUACUUCAAUUCCGCAAGGAAGAGCUCGGCGAUUCAAGCGACUCUGAAGCCGAACUCGAAGAACCACCCAAGCCUGACGACGACCGUUUCCUUCUCAACAGACAAAUGACGAAGCACUGGAACACGACAACUGCUACGCCUGCAGAAACGGCGACUCCACCUACAGUCGAAGCACCUCGCGCGAUCAAGAAGCGACGGGUGCAGGACGAUGGCGACGAGCGAGCGAAGGAUGGAGCAGUUACGCCCAAGGGUGCUAUGACGGAUACAGAUGCUGCGCCUACGGAAAAGCAAGAUAAAGCACCUCAGAAGAAAACACAAAAGACAAGCCGCCACAAGGUCGAGCAUCCUUCAGGUCCGGUCGAGAUUGGAGGCGUGCAAGAAGUGCAGGAAGAUUUCAUCGAACAAAUAGAAUCCCUUCUCAAAUUGCCGGGGUUAUACGCUACCAACGACUGGCGAGGCUUCUCUGGUCUUGUCCUCUCAGGCCCGCCUGGUGUUGGCAAGAAGUCAUUGAUCCGAUCAACAGCCGCGAAACUCGACGUGCCAAUUGUGUACCUCACCGGAUGCUUUGAGGACCUAGAGCGCGUGGAGAGGAGCCUUAAUGAUGCGAUCGAGGAGGCCAUGCGAGUCGCCCCGUGCAUCAUCCUCAUCGAAAACCUCGACUGGUUUAUGCCUAAGCCUGGAAGCAGUGGCCAUAGCGAAAGUCAUCGUCGCAACGUUUCACAAUUCAUGCGACAGAUGCAGCGCAUCGCAGCUGAGCAAGAUAAAGAGAGACAAAUUCUGGCCAUGGCGACAACAUCGCGAAUCACAGAUGUCGAUCCUACAGUCCUCAAAACUGGACUUUUUGAACGUACACUUCAGAUGAGGAUACCAGAUCUCGGGGCUCGCAAGGAUAUCUUCAAGCUCAUCACCAGGAACAGGAAUCUAGCAGAGGAUGUAGACUUUGCAGAGCUUGCCAAGAUUACUCAUGGUUUUGUCGGUGCUGACAUUAUCAACGUCGCGACACUCGCCCAGCGACAGCCCGAGAAACGCAUGAGGCGUAUGGAUCAAUAUCGUCACUACUUCGUCGACACAUCAGCCCAGUCACAACCAGAUCUAGAUCUCAUGAAACUUGCCGACCAACAAUCGCCUCUUGGACCUUUUACUGAAUACCCUAGUUUACCUCUGACCCAAGAAGACUUCAAAACGGCUAUCAAAGACUUCACCCCUUCCCUACGAAAAGAUGGCUUCACCGUCAUCCCCAACGUCUCCUGGGAGCAGGUCGGUGCUCUCCAGGCUGCCCGCGACCAGCUCAAUAUGUCAAUCAUCGGACCCAUCAAAGACCCCGAACUCUACCGUCGUGCUGGUCUCGCUCGUCCAGCAGGCUGCCUUCUUUGGGGCCCUCCCGGCUGCGGUAAAACCCUCGUCGCUCAAGCUGUCGCCAACGAAGCACAGGCCAGCUUCAUUCUUAUCAACGGACCGGAACUUCUCAAUAAGUAUGUCGGUGAAUCAGAGCGCGCAGUGCGUGAGCUAUUCAACCGGGCACGCUCAUCAACUCCAUGUAUCCUCUUCUUCGAUGAAAUGGAUUCUCUUGUGCCGAAGCGUGAUAACGCUUCCACAGAGGCAGGCACUCGCGUUGUCAACGCACUGCUCACGGAGCUCGAUGGUGUUCAAGACCGCACAGGCGUAUAUGUUAUCGGCACAACCAACAGACCAGAUAUGAUCGACCCGGCCAUGCUUCGACCCGGCCGUCUCAAUGUCCGUCUCUUCAUCGACCUACCUACCCCUGACGAGAGGGUCGAUAUCCUCCGAGCCAUCUAUCGCACAAAUCACCCCAACGCCACAGCCGAGGAAUUCGACCGGCUUGAGCCCAUUGCUCGAGAUACCCGCUGCACCGACUUUAGCGGUGCUGACCUAGGCGGGCUCCAUGUGAAGGCUGCCGAAAGUGCCCUUCGACGAUGCCUUCAGGGGGCUAAGACAGAGGCUGAGAUUGACGGGGUGGAUUGGGAGGUUGCACUCUCCACCACCUAUAGAAGUGUGCAGAAUCCUGAGACUUACCGGAAACUUGAGGUAAAGUUAGGGAAAUCCUAG